UCUGUCCAUCACACCCUGCUGCUAAGCUAGGUGUGACUCAGCAGACCCCAACAUUAACGACAAACUUUCAGCCCUUUUGGUCUCACUCCUUCGAGAACCUUCCUGCACUUCGCGGAAAUUGCCGAUGGAGUCGGUGCCAGUCUGAACGGAGCCACUGCUCCCUCCACCACAGGCGCCCGGGAGCAUCGCGGCGAUGAUCACGGUGGGGGACUUUUCCAUUCGCGGUGACGCGCACCGGUGACGCCAUACAAUGACGUAUGGUGAUAUGGCUUUCCUGGAGCCAGGUGCCGGCAGAUCAACGACUACCAUCUGUUCCACAAGAUGAGUAACAGCCACCCGCUCCGCCCCUUUACUGCAGUGGGGGAAAUUGAUCAUGUGCACAUUUUGUCUGAACAUAUUGGUGCCUUGUUAAUUGGGGAAGAAUAUGGUGACGUCACAUUUGUUGUGGAAAAGAAACGCUUUGCUGCACACAGGGUAAUUUUAGCAGCCAGGUGCCAAUAUUUUCGAGCACUACUGUAUGGUGGCAUGCGAGAGUCUCAGCCUGAGGCAGAAAUCCCUCUCCAGGACACCACUGCAGAAGCGUUCGCCAUGCUACUUAAGUACAUCUACACUGGGCGAGCGACACUGACAGAUGAGAAGGAGGAGGUGCUGCUGGACUUUUUGAGCCUGGCUCAUAAAUAUGGAUUUCCAGAGCUGGAGGAUUCUACCUCUGAGUAUCUCUGCACCAUACUUAACAUUCAGAACGUCUGCAUGACUUUUGAUGUUGCCAGCCUCUACGCGCUUCCCAAGUUAACUUGUAUGUGCUGCAUGUUUAUGGACAGAAAUGCUCAGGAGGUGCUCUCAAGUGAAGGUUUCCUCUCCCUUUCUAAGACAGCACUUUUAAAUAUCGUAUUAAGAGAUUCAUUUGCAGCUCCUGAAAAGGAUAUUUUUCUAGCCUUGUUAAACUGGUGUAAGCACAACUCAAAGGAGAAUCACGCUGAAAUCAUGCAGGCUGUGCGCUUACCUCUGAUGAGCCUCACCGAGCUCCUGAAUGUUGUGAGGCCUUCGGGACUGCUGUCGCCUGAUGCCAUUCUGGAUGCUAUUAAAGUACGGUCAGAGAGCCGGGACAUGGACCUCAAUUACAGAGGCAUGCUCAUACCAGAAGAAAACAUUGCAACCAUGAAGUAUGGAGCCCAGGUUGUAAAAGGGGAGCUGAAGUCUGCCUUGUUAGAUGGUGAUACUCAAAAUUAUGAUUUGGAUCAUGGAUUUUCCAGGCACCCAAUUGAUGAUGACUUUCGUUCUGGCAUCGAGAUUAAGUUAGGUCAGCCGUCCAUUAUCAAUCACAUACGGAUACUCCUGUGGGACCGAGAUAGCCGGUCUUAUUCAUACUUCAUUGAAGUGUCCAUGGAUGAACUUGAUUGGAUCAGAGUGAUCGAUCAUUCACAGUAUCUGUGUCGUUCUUGGCAAAAAUUGUAUUUUCCAGCCCGUGUCUGCAGGUAUAUUCGAAUAGUUGGAACUCACAACACAGUGAACAAGAUUUUCCACAUUGUGGCUUUUGAGUGUAUGUUUACAAACAAAACCUUCACUCUUGAGAAGGGGCUGAUUGUUCCCAUGGAGAAUGUUGCAACAAUUGCUGAUUGUGCCAGCGUGAUUGAAGGUGUCAGUCGGAGCAGAAAUGCCUUGCUGAAUGGAGACACCAAAAAUUACGACUGGGAUUCUGGCUACACGUGUCAUCAGCUGGGAAGCGGUGCGAUUGUGGUUCAGCUGGCACAGCCGUACAUGAUCGGGUCAAUACGGUUAUUACUUUGGGACUGUGAUGAUCGAAGCUAUAGCUACUACGUUGAGGUUUCUACCAACCAGCAACAGUGGACCAUGGUGGCUGACAGAACUAAAGUCUCCUGCAAGUCCUGGCAGUUGGUGACUUUUGAAAGACAGCCUGCCUCCUUCAUCCGAAUUGUUGGAACACACAACACAGCAAAUGAGGUGUUCCACUGUGUGCACUUUGAGUGUCCGGAGCAGCAGAGUGGCCAGAAGGAGGAAAAUGGCGAGGACCCAGGGACAGGGGAUGCCAACCUGGCAGAUGCAGCGGGGUCUGGGCAGACGUGUUCACUUCAUGGAUCCACCCCGUACUUGGUCUACAAGCAACUCCACUCCCUGAGCCUGAGUUUUCUCAUCUGUCGAAUGGAGCCAAUAGCAAUACUUACAUUACAGAACUAUAAGGAUUAAAUUAAGACAAUGUGUGAAAGGCUCUGGGGACAGUGGCCAGCACAGAGUAGGUGUUUGUCAUGGGUUGAAUUAUGUCCCCCCCAAAAUAUGUGUAUCAACUUGGUUAAGCCAUGAUUCCCAGGAUCCUGUGGUUGCCCUUUUAGGUUAGGAGGAUUAGGGUGGGAUUUUAACACCACACUCAUUCAGGUCACCUCCCUGAUCCAAGGUAAAGGGAGUUUCCCUGGGGUGUGGCCUACACCACUUUUUAUCGCUCAAGAGAUAAAAGGGAAGCAAGCAGAGUUGGGGGACUUCAUACCACCAAGAAAGCAGCACCAGGAGCAGAGCGCAUCCUUUGGACCCAGGGUCCCUGUGACUGAGAAGCUCCUGGAGCAGGGGAAGAUUGAGGACAAAGACCUUCCUCCAGGGCUGAGAGAGAGAGAAAGCCUUCCCCUGAAGCCGACGCCCUGGAUUUGGACUUGUGACCUACUAAACUGUGAGAAUAAAUUUGUUUUUGUUAAAGCCAUCCACUUGCAGUAUCUCCGUUAUGGCAGCACUAGAUGACUAAGACAAUGUGUAAAUGCCAGCUGUUCUGAUAAUCUCUUAACAUCAUUAUGUGGUCUAAAGCAAUGGCCCUUCCUGUCUGCAUUUUUCCUAUUUCAGAAAUAGUUUUAAAGGCCCAUUUCACUGUCAGCAUCUUUCCCCUGGCCUCAGCUCCCCUUCUGUUCCUCCACUGGAAUUCAAACAGCUGACAUCCCUCCCCUCAUUUCGGGGUGCACUUUGGAAAUGGGAGCUCCUCAGAGUAUCUCGAGCUACCAAGCUGGCUUCGGAGACUCCUGCUCCCUUCUCCUUCUCAUUGAAACUCCUUCCCCAGUUAUAUUCCCUCCCCAGGAAACCAUAACUUUUCUCCUACUUAUUGGGAUCUGGUUUGCUUAAAUCUUGGUUGGAUGCCCACCGGGCCAUUCCUCACGACUUCAAACUCUAAGACACAGGAUCCUUUGUCCUGAGAAUCUGGCUCUUCCACUCACCAUCAGGUCUUUCCUGUGAUCGGGUUCUAUUGUUACCAGUUGCCAAUCUAACACAAAGCAUCCUUGUCUUUUCCAGAGUAAGAAUACACACAAAAGACAAACUUUAUCUUCAGCAAGCUUUAUUUUGCUUGAGUCAAGCAAAAGGAGUCAGCAGGAAUCUAAGUCUCUCCCAAAGACUGACUAGAAAAGGGAAGUAAGGCUAAGGCUUAUAUGGAUUCGGUGGAGACAAUAGAGUAAUGAAUAUUUAGUGGGCUUCUUUCAAGGGGCAGGUACUUCUCAGAAUGGUGGUGCAUGUUAAUUAGGUUGCAGGCCCAUCUGGAAUCCAAGAUGGAACCCGCUGAUGUUCAAGAUGGAGUCCUCUCCGCAGCCCUUGGCAUCACUUAUUAUGGGAUAUAGAGCAAGAGCAGUGACUGACCUUUGGCACUACAUCACCAUCUUUGGAGGGCUAAUGAAGGUUAAACAGUGGUCACAUUUUGUUCUGGGGGCAUGCUGGAGCCUGUAAAGGGGGAAGGGACUAGAAAAACACUAAGAAAGAGAUAGUAAUCUCAGCCUUAUCUCAUGUUGAUAGGGUGUGGUUCCUGUUUACCCAGCUCCUAGAUAGCAAGUUAACUCUGUCUCACUGUGGGAGGAGCAGUGCCUGAUUUCUUAGUGAUCCACUGCCUGCAAGGUGGGCCGACUCACUGUGGGGGUGCAGUGGAAACCCAUCACUACCAUGGUGACUGCUGCCUCGUUUCUGCCAGCCCAGUGGUCAGGAGUGGCCACCACAUCCUUCUGAGCAUCUGUCAUCCCUGCCUCGGUGGGCUCCUGGGCCUCCCUUCCCACUUUGGGACAUCUGAGCAGGGCUGUCUCCUGCCCCUCGUUUAUAUCUGCAGGGUUUUUGAUCAAGGUGUGUCCUGUUGCCAUGGAAGGGCUACCUGGUUAGGGUCCGUUACCCCAAAUACCCUCAACACUGGGGUCCCCAUCAGU